AUGCGCCAGUUCAACGUCGUUGUUCUCGGAGCUGGUGGGGUUGGUAAAUCAGCCCUCACUGUCCGUUUCGUGCGAGAUGUAUUCGUUGAGAACUACGACCCCACGAUCGAAGAACAGUAUCAUCGACCACUGACAGUCGACGGUGAACUAUCUUCACUUGAAGUAUUGGACACAGCUGGAGCAGAACAAUUCACCUCCUUGAACGAGCUAAGCACCGCCCUGCAGUCCGGUCGCGGUUUUGUCCUCGUAUUCAGUUUGACUCAAGAAGCCAGCCUGAAGGAAGUAGAGAGUCUACGGAAACAAAUAUUCCGAAUCAAAGGUUCUGAAAACGUUCCGAUUGUCGUUGUCGGUACCAAGAGUGAUCUCGUCAGUGAACGAGAAGUUCCGGCAACGACGAUAGAGUCUCUGGCGAGCCGAUGGAAUUUGCCAUUCUACGAAACGUCGGCAAAGCGUAACUGGCAUAUAAACGAGGUCUUUGAGGAUCUCCUUCGCCAAAUGCGCGUGCGUUAUCCGCCAGACAAGAAACCCAAGAAGCCCCAGAAACCGCAGAAGCCUGGUCCAUGCAUAAUUAUGUGA